AUGCCUAUGACUACUCUCCCUCCGGGAUUCCGUUUCCACCCGACUGAUGUCGAACUCGUUUGUUACUACCUUAAAAGAAAGAUCAUGGGAAAGCCGAUUCAUUUCGAAGCUAUUUCAGAGAUUGAGCUCUACAAGUUCGCUCCAUGGGAUCUCCCCGGUAUGACACCAUGCUUUUCAUUAUGAUCUUCAGGCAGCAAAGCAAUGAAUUCUCGAUCAAUUUCUUUUUUAGUAUCUUAGUUUCAAGAUGCUUAUUCUGUCAGACGAUCUGGUAAAGAUACUAUCUUUCAUGUUUUUAUUGUCUUUAGAAACCAACUGAUUUACAUUCUCUUUGUUCCUAUUUAGCAGGAUCAAAGUCAUGCUAUUGCUAUUGAAAAAUGGAUUAUUCAGAAGAAAAUGAUAUAUAACUCAUAAUUGAGAUUGGUGUAAUUGUCAGACACCCAUUUGGUGGGUUUAUUUAAAAAAAAAAUUGUUUUCCAAGAUUACUAUUUUCAACGUAAACUUUAUAAGAUUCUUCUUUCUCCCUUUUUUUUGGACGGAAUUGAGUCUAGAACAAUCGCACCAUAAACUCAUGCCACAUUUUUUUACACCGAAUGAUCAUAUUCACACCACGUACUCAUGACAAUGUCUGAGUGUUUCUAUAAUUGCAUCUGUUCUUACUGUUCAUUCAGGAAAAUCCUGCCUGAGAGGAAGGGACUUGGAGUGGUACUUCUUCUGCGUCGGAGAGAAGAAAUACUCGAAUGGCUUGCGAAAGAACCGCGCCACCACUGAAGUUGGAUACUGGAAAACCACUGGAAAGGACAAGCCAAUCUCCUACAACUCUCGAACCAUUGCCAUGAAGAAGACUCUGGUUUUCCAUGAGGCCAAGGUCCAAGACGGUAGGACUGAUUGGGUAAUGCACGAGUACAGAUUGGAAGACGUGGCAUUAGCCGGUGCCGGGUUUCUUCAGGUAAAAACAACGUGCUGUUUUAUGCACCCACCCAUGAUUAUUCGUUUUUUUUUUUUUUUUGUUGGGUUUCCGUCUACUAUCUGAAGUCCUGUUAUUUUGACUGUAAUUUCCUCAUCAUGUGGCAUUAGUCAACGGGGGUGCCUUGUUUCUCCCCUUCGUUUCAAUGAAAUUAGUCAACCGCCUAUGUGCUCAUGUUCCGUGUUCAGGACGCCUAUGUGCUCUGCAAGAUCUUUAAGAAGAGCGGGAGAGGCCCAAAAAUUGGGGAACAAUAUGGAGCCCCAUUCGAUGAGACAGAAUGGGAUGACACCAAAGCAGACGACUGCUCUCUUCUGCUUCCUUCACUUCAGGGAGGAACGAUCAUGAGCACUCUUCAUCAGCCAGACCCGCUUCCCCUUGAUCUCGAUAGCUGCGCAGUGGACUCCUCGCCGCUCUCUUCAACCCUUGAUCAGUGGGUUCAUCCCAACGAAGUCAACGAAAUUUCCACCGUGGAAAAUGCCCAGGCGGGAUAUUCUCAAAAAAAAAAAAAAAAAACUUGUUUUUCUUUUCUUGCGACAUCUACCCCCCCCUCCCCUUCUUUACAUCUAAAUCUGGAUUUCGAAAUACCCCUUUUAGGUGGUCAACCCACAAACUGCACUCGGAGGUCUUCCUGCCGUGACAGCCGCCAUCGAGGAGCUUCCAAGUCAACUCCAGCUGCACCCAGUGGACGGCAUCCAUCUCCCCAACAGUACACCAGCUCAUGA